CGGGAAGAGGCUCUGCGUUGUUGGUGGAAUGCUGAAUGCAGGGGCUAGAUUUGAAACCAGCGGGACGUUCACAGGAAGAUCUGAUCUUUGGAAGGCUAGCUCCACCAAAAUUACGGGGAGAAGCUUACGUCGACGGUUGGGCCCUGUCCAAGACAUGAACGCGCUGUCUCCUCGUCACUGCAUAUUCCUCCAGGCGCCGUGAGCAAUUGCACUCGGCAAACACGGUCCGCGUUAUCCGCCAGCAUGCUCAGCGGACCACCCCGGCUCGUCCCCUUCAUCGUCGUAGCCUUCGUGCUUGCGCUGGUCGUGUGGUACUAUCAUGGCGUGUCAGGCACCGGCGCGUCGCUAUCGGCGUGGAAGCCCAGCUCCUCGUUCUCGACAGAGCGCCCGUCAUCGCUGCGCCCGGGCGUAGACCCUCUCGACUUCAGCAUCCCGCUGCGCUUCUCGGACGGCGUGCCCAAGCCCGCAGGCACCAACUACACGUUUAAGAUUGUCGUGCCCAAGACGACCAAGGAGGACCUGGCAUGGAUGCAGGAGGAGAUCCCCCAUGCGCCGCUGGUCAUAUACGAGGUGGACAACGAGAAGGCCGAGCACAAGGUGCCCAAGAACAAGGGCCGGGAGGCCAUGGUGUACCUUAGCUACAUAAUCGACCACUACGACGACCUCCCUGACACAACCCUGUUCAUGCACGCCCAUCGUCACGCAUGGCACAACAACCAGCUGAUGGGCCUCGACGCCGCCCAGAUCGUCGACCGCCUGAACCACGACCGCGUCGCCCGCCUCGGCUACAUGAACGUGCGAUGCCACCACGACCCCGGCUGUCCUGACUGGAUCCACAUGGACCGGCCGGGCGGCGACUUCGACUUCUUCCACAAGCCCGAGGAGAUCUACUGGCGCAAGAGCAUCUGGGAAGAGAUCCACCCGGGCGCGCCCAUCCCACCCUCUCUCUCCGGUAUCUGCUGCGCGCAGUUCGCCGUCUCGCGCGACAGGAUCAGGCAGGUGCCUGUCGAGCGCUUCAUUCACUACCGCAAGUGGCUGCUCACAACAGGCAUGGACGACCAGUUCUCCGGCCGCAUCUUCGAAUACAUCUGGCAUUACAUCUUCACCGGUCACGAAGUCUACUGCCCCGCGAUGAACACGUGCUACUGCGACGGCUACGGUAUCUGCUUCGGUGGCCGCCAGAAGUUUGAUGACUACAUUAAGAAGCAGGACGACAGGAACGACAAGUGGACAAAGCUCGACGAGUUCAACAGGCGCGCAGACAAGGCGAAAGAGGAAGGCAAGGAUCCCGAAUUCACAGCCGAGGAGAAGCUCACAAAGGACACCCUGAGGAAAACAGUUAACGAGAUGGAUGUUGAGCUUAAUAAGCUGAGGGAAGACGCGAGGAAGAGGGGUGAGGACCCCAAGCUGAGGGCGGAGGAGACAGAGACCUAUGAUUCAUCGCACAUCUGGGACUAUGCGCCGCAUGGUGACAAGACCUAAGGAUAAGGGCACUGUAUAUGAUGGCUUCAUGACUGGCGUUGUGGUGUAAGCGUUCGAGCGGCAUGCGUGUUAGAUCUGACGGUAGCUGCUGUACAUAGACUGGACUUGCAAACAGGCAAAAUCCCAUUUAAGCUUCAUUCAUC